UGCUGUUUGAAGGGGAUAUGGGGGUCAUGUGCUUUGGAUCUCCUUUGGAUGCUGAAGUAAUUGCACCCCUUGAAUCCUCAACCUCUGCUGAGGGUUGUCAACAGGAGAGCUAAGUGAGCCAAUUUCAGUGGAGGAUUUUGUAAUGUUGGCCCUGGUCACAACACCUGCAUUGAUUCUUUUCUAGCACAUCUAAUUCCUUUCUGAACAUUAUUCUUCCACCAGGUAGAAAUGAAUCCCAGUCACUAGAAAGCUGGCUUGGGCUUUCACAGUGAGUUGGAGCUAAACUAACUACACUGGCACCUUUCCAGGCCACGAAACCUCCAGCCCCUCUUGGCUUAUUAACAUCUUUUUUUGCUGGUUUACGACCCAGAGACAAGAAGCUGAAAGAAGUGUUAUGACGAUGCAGUAGACACAACUCAUUGCACUAUCUGUACACAGUAUGUGUUCUUACCCUUCUUGCACGGAGAUGAAAGCUCACAGGAGACGGUUCGACUUCAUUAACUAUUUCAGCCUAUCCACCUCUACCUGCCUCGCUGUCCCUGCAAGAAGAUGCCAUGGGGAGGGCAGCCUUCUGAAAUUAAUGCUCUGAUAACUCCAGUUAAGCAUCCCAGCACUGGACCAUCCAGUCCCUUUGAUGGAUAUGGAUGGCCUGCAUUUCACUGAUGGGUGAGGGGGAGAGCUGUACUCAUAACUCCCUUUAGGGACCAAUGACUCACCCUCCAACUAUCUGAAAAAUAUGUCUGCUUCUUUCAAAUAGCCAGUGUUUUCUUUCCAAAUGUUCAUCUCCUCUCUGGCCAGUGAUGGUUAUUUCCUGUGUUCUCCAUGGGGGAUAAGUUUUUCCAUCCCAGCCAAGGGUAAGAGCAAAGGAUUUUCUCUGAUUUUUACCAAUUCGUUACAAAGAAGGGAGAGAAAUAGUUGUACUGUACUAAAAAAUUAGUUCAGGAUGUAGACUUGAAUAACUGGUUAGGUUGUUCCUUUCUGUCUGGAUUUUCCACUUGAAGGUAAUCUGUAUUUUACAAACUGAAACAAAAGAAAAGCUAGGUUAUGUUUUUUCCUUUCCACCCACGCUCUAAAACAGAUGAUCAAAAGGUUUUAUUUUAAUCACAUGCCAGUUUUACAGUGGUUUAACUUUGUUGAACCUAGUGGAGCUAUGGGUCAGCAAGCAUUUAUUCAGAUUCUGACUGGCUAUUAACGAUGUUCCUGUCUUUUGUUGUGAAUUCUUUAUGAAAACUUGUGGGAAUGGAUCUUUGUUUAUUCAAAAAUCAGGGGAAUGUUCUUGGUAAAACUACCUCUACUCUCACACGCCUGAUUAAUUCAUCAUCGUUUCUUGUUUGUAAUUCAUUAUGUGUUUUUAUGCUUAAGAGGUUUCAGGCAUCCAAUCAGAGAGUUGAAUCAAUGCCAUGUCACUUAAGUCACCAAUCACAGAGCCUGAACAACAAAUGGUAACUAGCAGAUACUGGAGGUGACUGGAAUCCACAUAACCAUAAGCAUUGUUCGGCUAAAAGUAUUCAGUGAAUAGCUGCAAAUAACUAAUACGUUUGUAGAAAUCAGAAAUGGUUCAUGAAUGAUUCAUUAAAAGUAGCAAAAUUAAUUCAGAGGUUCACUUAUUCAUAAUGAAUAAUGCAUCUCCCUCUAAUAUAUUUAGGAGAACUAUUGUAUAACGUAAUUCCCAGGCCAGAUCUAUAAUCUGUAAACCUGACAAAACCUGGACUAGGACUAAAAUGUGCUAUUUGUUGAAAAGCUGAAAGGCCUGUGCUGAAAUAAUUUGAUGAGGGAAUGAGCUGAAAUCUCUGACCAGGUUCAAAUGCAUUUCUUAUUCAUGAAAUGACUUAAAUUAAUCUAUCCUAUAGAAAUGGCUUGCCAGUUCAUACCCCCAGGAAAACAGGAAGCCCAGUGGAGAUAGUUAUUGAGACUUUCAGCAUGCAAAUAGAAAGCUUGCAACUUCUUCAGAACAGGGUGUGGUAUCUUUCCUCCAGCCCCUGUCAUCUGCCCAUCCUUGGCAGCAGCUCAAAAAAAAAAAGGCAGAAAUGUAUUCCACAUGAGACAGUAUUAAGUCCUUGGUAGCUGUGAUCUGAGCAGAAGUACUCUUUCUGGCUGUGUAACAACUCCUCUUGGCUUUUCAGCUCAGACUCUUCGUUUGUUGACCAUCAGGGAUUUCCCUUGCCUUUGGUGUUAGGAGGUUUUAGCUGAGGGUCAACCAUUUGCCAGCAUUCUUGACACCAGGUAGUGGUAUUUCAACUCUGCAGCACCAUCUUUACAGCGUAUUAACAUGCAUGUGUCUAUAUUAGUGCACAUGCCUAGGUCCAUUUUUUGUUGGUCUGUAUUCUCCACGCCAUCUUUGUUAAACCUUGCUUUCUCCAGAUAUUUAUGUUGGCCUUUUCAUGCAGUGUGGGUUUAUUCUCUGCCAGCUCGUAGAGGAGGCAUUUACUAUGAAAAUACCAGGGGCACUCCUGGCUUUGUUGCUUCUGGGGGAAGCAGUGUCUCAAAGCAAACGUUAGUCCAAAGCUAAUGUGAAGACUCCUGCCCAGAGUCGAAAGGGUCUGAACGCUGCCGGGGAACUGGCCCAGACUGCUACUGAAGAGGACACUAUUGUAGGAGUUCUUCCUCCUGUGCAAGAUGCAUUGGCAUUACAGCUAAGAAGCCCCUCACUAGCCCCUUCGCCUGCUUUGAAGGCCCUGAGCAACAUGAAACUUUUCUUUCUGAGGAACAGUGGGGUCACCUGUAAUGAUGGGACAGCAGCUGGAUACUACUUAAGGGAGAGCAGAGGGAGCAAGAAAUGGAUCAUAUUCUUAGAAGGUGGCUGGUGCUGUUAUAAUAAAGAAACCUGUGAUACCAGAUAUAAGAAUAUCCGCCGUUUAAUGAGCUCCUCUGACUGGCCCCAAACAAAGAAAGGCAUGGGCAUCUUGUCUGGUCAGAUGGAAGAAAGCCCCCGCUGGUGGAACGCCAAUGCCGUGUUUGUGCCUUACUGCUCUAGUGAUAUCUGGAGUGGGACUCUGCCCAAAGCUCGACAAGACUAUGCCUUCAUGGGAUCUCUGAUUAUCCAGGAGGUGAUUAAGGACCUGGUCCCCAAGGGAAUUAAACAUGCUAAAGUGGUCCUCCUUGCUGGGGCAAGUGCUGGUGGGACUGGUGUGCUACUGAACCUGGAGAGGGUGGCUGCCCUGCUGGAGGAGCUGGAGGCUGAGGCAGUCCAGGUCAGAGGGCUUGUAGACUCUGGUUGGUUUCUUGACAUUAACCAUCCAAGACAAUCUGACUACUUAGAUGCUGCCUCCCAUGCCCCAACAGAUGCAAUCAAGAAAGGACUCAGGAUGUGGAACGGGAUCCUCCCAGAAAAAUGUAGGCAGCAGUUCAAGAGGGCUGAUGAAUGGCAGUGCUUCCUCGGGUACCGGCCGUUCUCAUCCUUGAAAUCUCCAGUUUUUGUGGUCCAGUGGCUGUUUGAUGAAGAGCAGAUGAAAUUGGAAAGUAUCCAUCUUGGCAGCCAGUCUCUGGCAGAAAAUCAAUGGAACUAUAUACAGAACCUUGGACGCGAACUUAGGAACUCACUGCGCGAUGUCCCGGCCGUGUUUGCACCUGCCUGUCUGUCUCACACGUUGAUUACAAAAAGCUACUGGAUGGAAUUUCAAGUGAAAGGCGUCUCUUUGGCCAGAGCUUUGCAGUGCUGGGAGAGGAGUCUUCAAGAAAGCAAUAAAGGCCCAAAAGUUCCCCCUAGAAGCUGUCCCUUCCAUCUGAUUGAUAGCUGUCCAUGGCCCCACUGCAACCCCACCUGCGCAGCCCUGCCUGAUCACCCCGCAGGAUUAGAAGGGAGCUUCAUGCAAACUUUAUUAAGGUUGUGACUUGAUGUCCCUAGGAAAGCUCAGGAGUUCAGAGCUGACCCCAGUCAGCGAACAGGAACGUUCAGCAGUGGGGGCUAAUGUACAAAACUGAUGUCCACAUGGAUUUAUUGCAGCUGAGUGUGAAAUAGGGCAGGAUGUUGAGCAAAGUCAAGGAUUUUA